AUGCUUCAUGAGUGAAAGUGAUGAAGUGUGCAUGUGGUAUUGGAUUUUUGUUAAAGUAGCCAUGUCCAAUGCAUCACUUCUUCUACAAUAAAUACUCUUUGCUGGAACAGUCAUCUACACAAAUUUAUGUUAGCCCCUUCAAAUUCUGCUUCGCAUUUCAUCUCAUAGGAGUGACAAAUAUGGUCUCUUUAAGGCCAUGCCUUCUUUUCAUUCUUCUCUGCAUUGCAAUGAUUGAACACGCACAUUCCAACAAUAAUAGGAAGACUUACAUUGUCUACAUGGGUGAUCACCCUAAGGGCAUGGACCUCACUUCCGUACCUUCUCUUCAUACCACCAUGGCUCAAAAUGUCCUUGGCAGUGAUUUCAAACCCGAAGCUGUAAUCCACAGCUACAAGAACUUCAAUGCGUUCGUCAUGAAGUUAACAGAAGAGGAGGCUAAAAUAAUGGAAGAAAUGGAGAACGUUGUCUCUGUUUUCCCAAACGGCAAGAAUCGUCUUCACACGACAAGGUCGUGGAACUUCUUAAGGUUUCCCCAGAAUGUUAAUAGAGAAACCUCAGAGAGUGACAUAAUUGUGGGAGUAAUAGACAGUGGUGUUUGGCCGGAGUCUGAGAGCUUCAGUGACAAAGGAUUUGGUCCUCCACCGGCCAAGUGGAAAGGAUCAUGUCAUAACUUUACCUGCAACAACAAAAUAAUUGGCGCAAAGUACUUCAAUCUGGAGAAAGAGUUCGCAAAAGAUGAUAUAAUAUCUCCAAGAGAUGCAGAAGGUCAUGGAUCACAUUGUGCAUCCACAGUUGCUGGAAACUCGGUUAACUCGGUGAGUGUAUUUGGCUUAGCCUCAGGGACUGCCCGUGGAGGAGUUCCGUCUGCCCGAAUCGCUGUGUACAAAGUAUGUUGGAAGACAGGAAGNUGUGGCGAUGCNGACACCCUUGCAGCAUUUGAUGAAGCUAUCAGUGAUGGAGUAGACGUAAUUUCUAUUUCAACUGGACUGGGAGNAGUAGUCUACGUUCCGUAUUUCAAAGAUUCAAAUAAUAUAGGAAGUUUUCAUGCAAUGAAAAAAGGGAUACUAACCUCAAAUUCUGCCAAUAAUUUGGGUCCAGGUCUUUCCUCAAUGACAAAUUAUCCACCAUGGUUACUUUCUGUGGCUGCAAGCGCUUUCGACAGAAAGAUUGUCACCAAGGUGAAGCUGGGCAAUGGCGCGGUAUAUGAGGGGAUUUCGAUCAACACAUUUGAUCUUAAUGGAAAACCGUAUCCACUUGUAUAUGGUGGAGAUGUACCUAAUAUUGCUGGUGGACAUAACAGCUCGACAUCCAGGUUUUGCGUAAAGGAUUCUUUGGAUAAACAUUCAGUAAAGGGAAAGAUUGUUCUGUGUGAAAGAAUUCAGAGAUCUAAAGAUAUAGGGAUUUUAUCUGGGGCAGCCGGUAUUAUAUUUGGAAAUAAUUACCCUAAAGAUUUGCUCCGACCAUAUGCCUUGCCUGCUUUGGAGGUUACUCAGUGGGAUCAAAGACUCAUACAUUCCUAUUUAAAUUCAAACAGGAAUGCAACAGCCACAAUAUUUAAGAGUGAAGAAGUAAACGAUGGACUGAUCCCUUUCAUAUCUUCAUUCUCCUCUAGAGGUCCAAAUCCAAUUACACCAAAUACUCUAAAGCCUGACAUUGCUGCUCCUGGAGUUGAAGUCAUAGCUGCAUGGUCUCCAAUUGAUCCAAUUUCAGAUGUUAAAGGUGACAAAAGAAAAGUACUAUAUAAUGUAAUUUCAGGCACUUCAAUGGCAUGCCCUCAUGCUACUGCAGCAGCUUCGUAUGUCAAAUCAUUUCAUCCCAAUUGGUCUCCUGCCAUGAUCAAGUCUGCAGUGAUGACCACUGGUAACAAUAAUAUAUAA